GACUGGAAAAAUGCAGGUUCACGCGAACCCGGCGUUCUCUGUGGCCCGAGUGCGAUCCCAGCGACGAGGAACCACACGUGCAGUUGCUGGCGCAUCAGCGGAAUUCUUGCAGAGCUCCGCCUCCCCCUCCACGUCCCCCUCCUCCCCGCGCACACCCCCACCCCCGCCCACUCACCGGGGGGUGCUCAUCCUCCCCGGCCUGGGCAACAACGCGGCGGACUACGGCCCCCUUGCCGUACAACUGGAGGCGCGAGGAAUGGCGGUGGAGGUGGCGCAGGUCACUCGCCCCGACUGGUCUCGGAACGCCGCCGCAUUGGCUGAUCCCGACUGGUGGAAGGGCUGUCUGAAACCCCGACCCGCCGUCAACUGGUACCUGGACAAGGUGGAUGCGGCCAUGCAGCGCCUGAAGCGGAGGGUGGAGGCGGCGGAGGCGCCCAUCACCAUGCUGACUCACUCGGCUGGUGGCUGGCUGGGCCGUGUGUAUUUGUACGACUGGGGCACCGAGGGUGUCGACCGUUUCGUGUCCCUGGGCUCCCCCCACCUCCCCCCUCCUCGGGGGGCGAAGGGGGUGGACCAAACCCGGGGCAUACUUACGGCGUGCAACGAUAUGAGCCCAGGAGCCUUCCAUAGCUCGAUUCAAUACGUCACCAUUUGUGGCAAGUUCGUACACGGCGUACCGCUCACCGGAAAGGCGGCCACGCACACGUCCAACCCCCCAACCGCUAACGGUAACGGACCCUCGUCCUGGCUCGCCAAAUUCGCCGGGUUGGGGUAUGAACAGGUGUGUGGUGAGGCGGAGGUGUGGGGUGACGGCAUCGUGCCUCAGCCCUCCGCCCACCUGGAGGGGGCCUUAUCCGUGGACUUGGAGGGGGUCUUCCACUCGCCGUUGGGGGAGAAGCUGCCCUUCCUGGGGCCCUGGUACGGCUCGCCGGAGGUGUUGGAGCUGUGGCUGCAUCACCUCACUGGGGAGGCAGAGACACAGGCAUCAGCGGCAGCGAGUACGGCAGGUACGACGGCCCGGGUGGCGCCGGCGUGAGGCGCCUCAACGGCGAUCAUGACGAUGGCCCUGUCGUGAGCAUCAGCGACGACGCUGAUCUCAUCGUACCUAAAGCGUGCCGUACAGACGGAUGUACGGAUGAUUGUACAGCGAGUUUCCGUAGGUCAACUGCCUCGCGUCGGAGCUCUCCGAUCUUCCCCGUCAGGGAGGACGGGACAUUGCCCUCCAGCCCCUCCGUACCAAGGGGGGAAGAGAGAAGAGCUGCUAACGGCCAUGUUGAUGCAUUUGGUGGAUAUUAAUUCGGUUUACCUGCACUUUAGGUACUUAGGGUUUCUAUGUAUGUAUGUGUGUAUGCUUCGGGGGGUAAUGUCCCUGGAUGAAUACCUAAGCCGCGAAAGAAAACACACAAUGGGUGGCGGUACUAGGUAGGUCGUGGUCUGCCUUAUGCCAUUUGUCGGCCUGUCUGUCUACCUGUCUUUCUGUUGGUUUGUCUGUUUGUAUGUACAUGUGUUUAAUGUGCGUCGUCGUCAUCAUCGAGUAAUCCGAGAUGUGAGGGGCUGUGUGUGAGCGGCAGGAGGAGAAGAAGAAGAAGAAGAAGAAGGUGUUGUUAUUUCUGUCCGCCAUCCUGUGGGGCUGUUUCAACAGCACCAUCUGAUUCCGCUUCUGGGGUUGUUCCCCCGGGCGUUGGGUGGAGCAGAGAUGACCGUUAUCAUCGACAGCAGCAGCACCACCACCGCGUUGAUCAGUUCGGCCCUUGCAGAGUGCUAUUUUUAUUUUAUAUUUAGCUUUAUAUAUGUAUGUUAUAUACCUAGAUACCUCUGGGCUCCCAAAUGGAAAGGGUCGAGGGACGCAGCUGUGUUGGGUUGUGUGUUGGUGUGUGUGGUUGAGGAUGAUAACUUUUUCAUCAUGACGACGUUUCCAGGCUUACCCCCACCUCCCCCUCCGCCCGCGCCUUCUCUGCGUGUUCAUUACAAAUAUAACGUAAGCAGUAGCAGUUACUGCGAUUUCUGUCCUUAUCCUGACUGUUUUUACUGUCCUUGCUUUUGACAAGUGAAUGUUGCCAUACCUGGGUUGCCAUAGGGGACGGGAGGGAAGAGAAGCAAAAUGCAGGACAUACGAUUAUUUGAAUGUAUGUAUGUACAUGUGUAUGUACGUAUGUACGUCUGUCAAACACAACAGGCGCCAGUGGCGUUCAUCAGUC